AGCCGGCCUCGCCUACAUGGCUGAGCUCCGGGGGGCGGAGCUGGGGCAAAGAUUCUAGUAAAAGUGGACUGGGCGGGGCUGGGAGCAGAGCAACAAGCGAGGAACCCUGGAGCCGGCCUCAUCACUGGAGCUCGGACUCGGAGUAGCGGCAGCCAUGGGGUUGCGCGCGGCUCUGUUCGACCUCGGCGGAGUGCUGGUGCGUCCCUCCCCGAACGUCAUCUUCAACCAGACCGAAGAAGCCUUGGCCCUGCCCAGGGGAUUUUUAAACAAAGUAAUUGCUCAAGGAGGCCCUGAAAAUCCCUACCUGUGCCUCAUGAGAGGAGAGAUCACAUUUUUACAGUGGGUUCCUCUCAUGGAAGAAGAUUGUAGGAAGCUUUCUGCAGCAUCUGGUUUCUGCCUCCCAAAGCAAUUUUCUAUCCAGAAAAUCUUUGAAGAGGUGAUUUCAAAAGGAAAGAUCAAUUAUCCUAUGCUUCAGGCUGCUAUCACUUUGAGAAAUAAGGGGUAUAAAACCUGCAUCCUUACCAACAGCUGGUUGGAUGAUAGCCCUCAGAGAGACACUAUUGCCAAGUUGGUGUGUUCUCUAGGCAAACACUUUGACUUUAUGAUAGAAUCAUGUCGAAUUGGAAUGGCCAAACCAGACCCAGAGAUUUAUAAGUAUGCUCUGGAGGCAUUGAAGGUGGCACCACAUGAGGCUGUUAUCUUAGAUGACAUUGGAGCCAACCUCAAGAAAGCUCGUGAAGUAGGAAUGGUCACCAUCCUUGCCCAAGAUACUGACAUGGCCCUGAAGGAACUGGAAAAAUCAACUGGCUUGCAGUUUCUCCACCAUGAUGUGAUGCAGCCUGUUGCAGUCCAGCCAAGCAAUGUUGUCCAUGGGUAUGUCGAAGUUAAGCCUGGUGUCCAGCUGCAUUUUGUGGAGAUGGGCUCUGGGCCUGUUGUGAUUCUCUGCCAUGGCUUUCCUGAAAGCUGGUUCUCUUGGAGGUAUCAGAUCCCAGCUCUAGCAGAAGCAGGCUACCGGGUUAUUGUUCCAGAUAUGAAGGGCUAUGGCGAUUCUUGUGCCCCCCAUGAAAUAGAAGAAUAUUCCCUGGAAGUCAUAUGUAAGGAGUUGAUUACUUUCCUGGAUAAGUUGGGCAUUUCUCAGGCAGUGUUCAUUGGCCAUGACUGGGGUGGUAGUGUGGUGUGGUGCAUGGCUUUCUUCUAUCCAGAGAGAAUAAGGGCAGUGGGCAGUUUGAAUACACCCUUCGUUCCAGCAGAUCCAGCUGUGCCUUUUAUAGAGAAGAUCAAAUCCAACCCAAUUUUUCAUUACCAGCUCUACUUCCAAGAACCAGGAGUAGCAGAGGCUGAACUGGAGAAAGAUCUCACCCGGACGUUCAAAUUCAUGUUCCGAGCAAGUGAUGAGGAAUUGUACUUUAAACAAUCUGUGGAAAAAGGAAUUCUGAAAGAAAAUGAAAAUCCUCCAUGGAGUCGGAUGAUAACCAAGGAGGAGAUUGAGGUCUAUGUGCAGCAGUUCAAGAAAUCUGGCUUCCGGGGUCCCUUAAACUGGUAUCGGAAUAUAGAUGCAAAUUGGCGAUGGGGCUGUACUGGAGUCAAAAGGAAGAUCUUGAUUCCAGCACUUAUGGUCACAGCUGAGCAGGACAAGAUUCUCCUCCCCAAGUUGUCUAAGCACAUGGAAAAGUGGAUUCCCAACCUGACACGGAGAAAUAUUGAGGACUGUGGACACUGGACUCAGAUGGAAAAGCCAAGAGAGGUGAAUCAGAUCCUCAUUGAGUGGCUGAAAGAAGUGGCCAAGAAUCCACACUUGACCUCUAUGCUCUGAUGUGGGAUGUGUGUGUGUGUGUUUAUUUCUGCAAGCACCUCUAAUCUUUCAUAUGGAGAGAUUACUCCUACAAAUGAUGGCUUUCUCUCCCAUCCACCCUCUUUAACCAACAUCAUUAUUUGAGGCUAAUGUAUCAGAAAGGCAGUAGUGCUUUCUUCUCUUCUUGCCACAGAAACAACCACCUCUGCCAGGAGGAGUAGGAGCUGAUCCUCCUGAGGACCCAACUGGAGAUGGGCCAGUUGGACAACACAGUAUCUGUUUUGCUUUGCUUUGUUUCUUCUUACUCUUCCCUCCCUCUGUCCACAUAGGGCUUCAUACCAUUUCUUUUGCUCUGCCCAAAGGAAUAUACAUUUUCAUCACAGAAACUUCACAAAAUAUGUUGGGAUUUACAGGGUGGGAACAUGCUUUAAAUCUAAAUCAAUCUGUCUUUCAUUGAUUGACCAAUAAUAGGUCCCAGGCUCAGUCUUUGUCAUUGUUUGGUCCAUAGUUGGCUCUGAGUGAAUGUAAAUGACAAUUAUUUGAGCCAGAAACCCGAAGAUCUUCUCCCACGUUUAUACAUACAUACUGGUCUUUAUCACUGAAUGGACUUGUCUCUAUCAAACUGCAACCUAUUAAAGAUCUUAGCUUAAAAUGGUCAAGUUCUCCAA